AUGCAUGAUGGAAUGGUGUUAUAUAUCUCAAUAGCCUCGUUGCUUAUCUUGUUUGUAGGCUUGAAGAAAAUCCUAUCAAGGGAGUCAUUGAGUCAACGGGCAACUCUGGCAAAUGGAUACAAUAAGAAUUCCUCAACAUGGAAAAUGUGGACGUCAGAUUAUCCACUGUAUAUCAUUCCUGUCGGUGCUUUGCCCUCUUUACGAACCGAGAGAAAAGUUGAUCUACCUACUCAUGUUCACGAUCAAUAUCAAACGAAAUAUACGGGAGCUAUGUGCUCUUCGGCGUUUAUGCGAAGUGUACAGGUCGACCUCAACAACCACUUGAUACUGACACAGCUGUCAGAAUGGCAAUCGAUAUUAGCUUUUGACAAAGCUCUAAGAAUAAUCGGUCUCGUCUCGGGAAGGGCUAAUGUAGGGCAUCACCUUAGCCGUAAAGCCGAGUGGCUCGACCUUUAUUGCCUGUACCCUAUCCUGUUUUUCUCCUCCAUCACAGCGAUAUGUAAAUGGCCUUCCUUCCUGCGACCCAUCGUUCAGUAUAUGACACCCCAACUUAAACAGAUGCGGAAGGUUCGAGCCCGCCUUACCGAGAUGCUUGCUUCCGAAUUUGAGGCGCAACGCAACGGCAAGUCCCAGGCGCAGAAUAACAUGAUAAACUGGGUGUGGAAGAACUCUACCGAGAAAGAUAGGACUACCGAAAACCAGAGUUUGAUCCACAUAUUAGCGACCGUUCCUAGCACAUAUACGGUGUCUUUUGCUAUUGCGCAAUGUAUCUUUGACCUCGGAGCACGGCCGGAAUACAUCCCGAUACUGCGAGAGGAAUUCCAAUCGAUUCUUGAUAGCUGCGGCGGCACCACGGGGUUAACAAAAGAGUCAUUUAGUAGGAUGACAAAACUUGAUAGCUUCAUGAAAGAGUCUCAGAGGCUAAAUCCAUUAGCACUUGUCUCUUUUGAGAGAACGGCUUUGGAAUCAAUCACUCUUGCGGACGGCACCCAUAUUCCGAAAGGUGCGCAUAUUGCAGCGCCAUCCUAUCACAUCGGUCACGAUCCAAAGUACUUUGAAAAUCCCGAUGAGUUUGACGGUCUUCGAUUCCACCGCCUGCAAGAAAAUGAGAAAAAUGGAAGUGGAAAUCUCAACAGCAAGCACCAGUACGUCUCGGUCAAUGAGACAUCCCUUCAUUUUGGCUAUGGGCUGCAAGCAUGUCCUGGGCGGUGGUUUGCGGCUAUUGAGAUUAAGCUGUUCCUUGGGUUCCUUCUACAGAAAUACGAUAUAGCUCUGGUUGAUGCAGGCAAGGGCCGCCCCACGAGCGAGAUUGACCGGUUCUUUAUCUACCCUGAUCCAGAGAAGAUGGUUAUUUUGCGAAAGAGAUCUUACUGA